AUGGCUCUCGGCUCGCCCACGUCUCCCAAGCCGGGCGCCGGCGCCCAGUUCCUCCCGGGGUUUCUCAUGGGGGACCUGCCGGCGCCGGUGACGCCGCAGCCGCGGGCCGCCGGCGGCCCCGCCGUGGGCCUCGUGGAGAUGAGGUCUCCGCUGCUCGCAGGUGGCUCUCCCCCCCAGCCAGUAGUCCCCACACAUAAGGAUAAAAGUGGCGCUCCACCCGUUAGAAGCAUCUACGACGARUUGUCCAGUCCUGGGCUUGGACUGACCCCUCUGACCUCAAGACCAUCCAGCUUCUCUGUAACACAGAGCCCGUUGGUUGGAACCAUGCCCUCAACUCCUGGAACAGCCUCAAAUGUAUUCAGUCCUGCAAGUAUUGGACAGCCAAGAAAGACUACUCUGUCUCCUGCUCAGCUGGAUCCUUUUUAUACCCAGGGUGAUUCCCUAACCUCAGAAGAUCAGCUUGAUGACACAUGGGUAACUGUAUUUGGAUUUCCUCAAGCAUCAGCUUCGUAUAUUCUCCUCCAGUUUGCUCAAUAUGGAAACAUAUUAAAGCAUGUGAUGUCCAACACAGGAAAUUGGAUGCACAUUCGAUAUCAGUCUAAGCUGCAAGCCCGAAAAGCCUUAAGCAAAGAUGGAAGAAUUUUUGGUGAAUCUAUUAUGAUUGGUGUCAAGCCUUGUAUAGACAAAAGUGUGAUGGAAAACUUCGAAAGAAGCUCGACAACCUCAGUGUCUUCAGUCUUUACUCCACCUCCAAAAUCCUUAGGCUCACCACUACAACCUGCAAAUACUACAAGAAUUUCUACAAUGAGACCUCUAGCAACAGCAUAUAAAGCUUCCACUAGUGACUACCAGGUGGUUUCUGAGAGACAGACUCCUAGGAAAGAUGAGAGCAUUGUAUCUAAAGCAAUGGAGUAUGUGUUCGGCUGGUAAUAAACAAGAGGAAGUAACUUGUUAGGCACGGUUAGCGUUUGAAAUCUGCUACCAGCAUCGUUGGUUAGUUGUAUAACCUCUGAUGGCAGCACUUGUCACUUCCAUCUCACCUGUUAUGCCUUCUCUGGAUUCAGCAGACAUGUAGCUUGCACUUUAAAUGGUGGCAUGUGCACAUGGUUUUAAAUAUAAUCAGUGUAAAUUAAGUGCUGCAUUUUCGUUUGUGCUGUGAUUGCAUGACUAAAGAAACAUCAGCACUGACUUCUUUCCUGUAAUUACUUUUUGUGAAUUACUUCCCAGUAAGUUGGAAAUACUUAAAAUGGCAGCUUUAUAUACCAAUGCCUUUAAUGCUUUAAUUUUAUUCAUCACUUCUUACGCAAAAGAUGAUGGGCUUGAUAUGGGCUUUUUGCAGGAAGGACACUAUGUACAGCUGGUUCCCAGGGAUAAGGACUGUUUUUAGUAUAUAUGAUCUUAUUUUUUUAUUUCAAUUCAUUGCUGUUUUAUAAUUUUCUCUGGUGCCCUCUUAUAAAUGCCAUAGCAAUCUUUUAAUUCUUUAUUCCAUGUUUUAUUAAUAAAGCUGAAUAAAAUUGUUGUCUUAAGUUGUUUUUAAAGAAUAUGGAUUCUAUUAAGAAAUAUUUGUUACUCUUACUAGAGUGGGUUAUCAGGCUGCCUCUUCCUUAUUAGAGUGUUAUCAGCAGAACAGUUACUACUGACUCUUAUUGAAGUAGUAGCAGCUGGAGGUAACACCAGGCUGGGUUUCAAUGCAUAUUUUCAGGAGGAGGUAUUUCAGUGCACUGCAUAGCAGUUAGCACACUGUAGCUUUCUAAGCUGCAAAAUGCUCAUCUGAAGUAGCUGAAUUAAAAAAUGCAAUGUGUUGGUGAACAGAGCUGCUUUUGUUCCAGGUUAUUCUAUUUUCUGAGCUGCAUGCUAAAUUUUUUGAAACAGAACCCCUCUCCCCUCCCCUGGAAAUUAUUACUUGAAGAAGAACAUCUCUGGUAAUCAUGGUCUUAGACUAAGUUUGUAAGAAGCUUUUUUUAAUCUAGGAAUGGAGUAACUUUGUUCCUGUACUUGCGAGUCUACAUGUAACUAAUGCUUCUUUCAUGCAUAUUUUUUUCUGCAUGUGGCUGUUUGAAGGUGAGUCA